AUGGGCACCCCGUAUGACUACUUGUCCAUCAUGCACUACCCUGCUGAUGCCUUCAGCAAUGGCAAUGGAUCUACAAUCAUCACAAAACUGGCACAGUACCAAGACGUCAUUGGUCAACGCCUGGACAUGAGCCAUUAUGAUGUAGUGGAGCUCAACAAGUUCUAUGGAUGCAAAAAUUCUAUCUCCUUCCUGGAGCACUGCAACUUUGACGAGUGGUGUGAGAUGAGAGUCUGCUCCAGCACACCAGACGGAUGGAGGAAAGUGAGACGUGCUGUUUGGGGCCCCUUCUCUGACCACACUCACCUGGGCACAGACACCAAAGGCUUCUUCAUGUACUUAAGUACCAGUAGAGGAAGGAUAGGCCACAGAGCCAGCCUACAGACCAGGAGGAUGACUCCCAAGAGAAGCUGCAAGGUCCAGUGUCUUGAAUUCUUCUACUGCAACACUGGUAGUCGGUCUGACCGUCUCGACAUCUGGAUAAGAGAGUUUGAUAAUGAUGAUGACAUCAAGGGAACUCGAAGACUUAUCAGCCAGAUAAAAGGAUCCCGUGAUCCUUACUGGCAGCUCCACCAUGUUACCCUGAACGCCUCCAAGACCUUCCAGGUGGAGUUUGAGGGCCGCAAGGGAUCAGGGUCUUCAAGCGGUGGCUUCUCUGUGGACGACAUCAACCUCUCAGAAACCGAGUGUCCCCAUCAAACAUGGCGGAUCCAGAACUUUGAGAAACAAUUGGCCAUGUCUGAUGAUUGGCCAUUCCUUUUCAGCCCACUAUACUACUCAGAGGAAGGGUAUAGGUACCAGCUUGUUGUGCACAUGAAGGAAGACCAUUUUGGAGUAUAUUUUCGACUUGCUUCUGGGAUUAAUGACGACAGACUGCCAUGGCCUUGUGUUUCAAGGCAGGUCACUGUUACAUUGCUUGACCAGAACCCUCACAUUCAAAGGCGCAUGUCCAGUCAAAAAAGCCUAACAACAAAUUCAUCAGCCGUAGAUAAUGAUAUCCAAGGCAAGCCACAAAUAUCGGGGACGCCUGACAUAGUAGACGGUCAAGUUGUGUUCUUCAAUGAUGCAAUCGGCCAUGCAUUUUUCAUGUCUACCAAGGUCCUUUCAACCAGAGACUUCCUCAAAGGAGGCGACAUCUUUCUCCUUGUCACCAUGCAAGAUAUCUCCCCAUUAAACUCUGAGGUUACAUUGCCAUGCCCCGGCGUCCAAAUCCAGACGUUGCCUACCAAUGAUCAAGAGGGCUAUGAUGAGACUGCAUCGUGUGAAACUCUGACUUUACCCUUUAAGACUGAAUUGAGAACUACGGUACCCACAGUCACCCCCACAGAGCGCAUCAAACCCAUCAUAACAACUUCAGAAAACAGAUUUUAUGAAGAAGAAAGUCCCUUGUACAACAUAAUACUGGGCAUUGCUUUCUUUUCAUUGUUCAUUUUAUUCAUUUUCAUAGUUCUUUCCAAGUGUGCUUCUUUGUACAAAAGACUUUGUUCCAGAGAUAAGAGGGACACGGACACACCAUCUGGGGAAGUUUUCACAGUGUUGAUGCAGAGAGUUAAUUAAAGCAGGACAAUACAUCUGGAUGUCUGGAAUUAUACAUCAGUGUUUAAUUAG